GGGUUAAACAUUGUGCCUAAGAGAGUUUCAGGGAAUAACUGGCGAUGCAGCAUAUUAGGGUACGUGUUCGUGCGCUCUAAUUCACAACAUCUGCUCGUUUGCUGGCAGUGUCCCGUUGUUUUGACCCCUUGGAGUGACUCGCAGCGUUCAUUUUGAACGAAGGCGUCCGCCACAAAUUUACAAUUUUCAAUCCCAAAUAUGGGCUGGGAAUGUCACCCGACCCGCCUCCGCAGGCCCGUUACAUCCUCUGGAAAAGAAAACAGUACAGUUUGAAGGGAAAACUCCAAGCCUGGAAACUUGUUCCGGACGAACGGGGAUAAUUUCUUGCGACAAAGAAAAACCAUCACACUUAUAUUUCGCAAUACCUAUUUCUUUCAACUUGAAUUUGAUUAUUUUCUAAUGGACGAUUUAGGAGUUCCUGAUGCAACUAGCUACCACCUCAGUCCUCGUAUUGUUAUGUUUGAUGCUUUGUUAGCUGAUCUUGAGAAUUCAGCCUUCCCUCUUGCUCGCUGUCCUGUCCUGCUGACCUCUGACCCUCCAGUACCUGCUGAACCCUCAGCCAGUGCUCAAGAUUCUGUUCAAACCCGACCACCACCUCCAGCAUACACACCGCAACAAACUGUUUCUGCUGCAAUGAAAUCAAAUGGAUCUCAGAACUCUAACCCAGACAAACUUUACAGUACGGUACGUAAGCCGCAGUCUUCCCGUACAGCAGACCCUUCUCCAGCUUUCUCCUCCUCAUCAGCAUUGGGUGGAGGUCUAAGUGAACUUGAUCAUUUACUGCAAGAGCUCAAUGCAACACAAUUCAACAUAACAGAUGAAAUUUUGGCCCAAUUCCCCACCACCAAAAAAGAUGACAAGUCUCCGAAGUGCGAUACAUCUUCUGCUGGACCUGUGAAACCCUCGGCUACAUCUGCUACUCUAGAGCUGGACAAACUAAUGGCAUCUCUGUCAGACUUCAGAGUUCAAAGCACGCCAACCCCACCUGUGAGUCCUGUGAGUCCUGUGCCCCCUUCACAACAGCAAGCUGGAGCUCCAACUCAUGCCACCUCUGGAGGUUCCUUGGACAGCAUGCUGGGUCUCCUCCAGUCGGAUCUGAGCAGGCAGGGGGUGUCUACCUCUUCUAAAGGAAACUGUUCUGCAUGUCAGAAACCAGUUGUAGGACAGGUUGUCACAGCUCUAGGACGGGUUUGGCAUCCAGAGCACUUUGUUUGCUCUGAGUGUGAAUGUGAGCUUGGAAAUCGUAAUUUCUUUGAGAAAGAUGGUCGACCAUAUUGUGAACAAGAUUACUUUACCCUGUACUCACCUCACUGUGCACAAUGCAACAAGCCCAUUCUCAAUAAAAUGGUGACUGCCCUGGAUAAAACCUGGCACCCUGAAUGCUUUAGCUGUGUGAAAUGCAGUCGAUCAUUUGGAGAUGAAGGAUUUCAUGAUCGUGAUGGACAGCAAUAUUGCCAGCAGUGUUUUCUGGCCCUCUUUGCAUCUCGCUGUCAAGGUUGUUCCCAGCCAAUCAUUGAGAAUUACAUCUCAGCCCUGAGUUCUUUGUGGCAUCCACAGUGUUUUGUUUGUAGGGAAUGCUAUAGCCCAUUUGUGACUGGAAGUUUCUUCGAGUAUGAGGGCCAGCCCCUGUGUGAAGCCCACUACCACCAGUCCCGAGGCAGCAUGUGCCAGGCAUGCCAGCAGCCCAUUCUGGGGCGUUGUGUCAGUGCAAUGGGUGCCAAGUUUCAUCCCCACCAUCUGGUGUGCCACUUCUGCCUGAAACCACUCAGCAAGGGCUGUUUCAAAGAACAGGAAAGCAAACCUUACUGCCAUUCCUGCUUCAUCAAACUCUUUGGCUAAGGAGAUCAAGAAAAGAUUAUAAGAGAUUACUAAAGUAACAUAUCAAAUGUAUAAAACGUUAAUAGGAUAAAGAAAUCAGAUUAUGUUGUUGCCAAAUGCUUCUUUACUGAAUAAUUAUGAUUAAUGUAUUCAAUGGUAGUUUCUGUUGAAAAGGAUUUUUACAUAAAACUCCUCUUGAUCCUUACUUGUUAUAGCAGAAAACUGGCAUAGGAUGUAAUCAGCACACAUGCAAAUUCAAUAUUUGUGUCACAUUCUGUGUAUUCUUUAUAUUAGAUAUGCUGUUACCAGCCUUUUGAGAGACCCACUAAACAUUGUCUGUGCAUACACUCUCAGAAUAAAAGGUAUAAAACCUG